GUUUUGCCGAUUAGAUGAAUCAAAGAAUAAUUUAUGUGAUGUCCUGUUAUAAUUAAGCUAAUACAAUUUAUUAUAUAUAUUAUUCCAUUAUACGAUAUAUUUUUGGGUGUCAUUGUUCAGUGUUAAGUAAUAAGGAGCUGUGAAUAAUUCGCGUGAAGCGAAAUAAUGUUCUGUCUAGUUGCGUGAUUAAAAAGUGUUUACAUGAAUUCGGCGCGGGUACUCCGGCCAAUAUGCUGCCCACAGUGGAGGAGAGCCGGGGUUACGAUUUCCAGGACCCCGAGAAUGCGGAGAAAUGGCGCGGACUGUUCAUCAACUCAUUCCGAAAGAUCCUCGUGUCGCUACACCCGACGCUGACCGCGGAGGAUAGCGCACUGGAAUUCGUCGAGUCGCUGUGCUUGAAGCUGCUGGCAAUGCUGUGUGCGGUGCCGCCUCCGCUCACCGCGCAGGAUGUAGAGGAACGCGUCGCGCGUACAUUUCCCACGCCGCUGGACAGUUGGGCUAUCGGCGAGACGCGUGACCCUUCCAGCGUGAGACGGAAAAAGCUGGUGCUGCCCCUGGAGAAGAUACAUCACCUGCUGCAGAAGGAGGUGCUCCUGUACAAGAUCGACACGUCCGUGUCGGCGUGUAUGACGAGCGUGCUGGAGUACGUCAGCACCGACAUCCUCAGGCUGUCCGGCACCUUCGUGAAGACCAUAUCGCAGAAGAGCGGCUACCAAGUUAUAACGACGAGCGAUAUCAAAACGGCGAUGUGCGCCGACAAGGUGCUGGUGGACGUGUUCUACCAGGAGCCGGCGCUGGCGGGCGGCGGCGGCGCGGCGGGCGCGCGCGCGCAGGGCUACGGCGAGCUGGUGCGCGACCUGCUGGCCGACGAGCGCGCCUUCCUGCGGGACCUCAACCUCGUCGUGCGCGUCUUCAAGGACGAGCUGGACAAGAUCCUGGACGGCGACUGCAAGACGAUAUCCCUGAUCUUCGGCAACAUAGUGGACAUAUACGAGCUGACGGUGACGCUGCUCGGCAACUUGGAGGAUGCCAUGGAGAUGUCGCAGGACUCGCACACGCCGUAUAUUGGGAGCUGUUUUGAAGAAUUGGCCGAGGUGGAAGAGUUCAGAGCAUACGUGCGGUACGCGAACAUCGUCACGAAGAAGGAGUCCAGGGAAGCGCUGCAGAAGAUUGUGGAUGAUCCCGUGCGCUCGGAGCGGCUGGACACGGCGGGCCACGGGUUCCGGCUGGCCGUGAAGUACUGCCUGCCGCGCCUGCUGCUGGCGCCCGUGGCGCACGUGCUGCUGUACCACAGCUACGUGCGCGCGCUGCUCACCGCCGCGCCCGCCUCCGACGACCGCGAGAGCUUCAAGCAGGUGGAGUGCAACCUGCAUCCGAUAAAGAAGCUGCUGACGAAGGCGCUGGGGAACGGGCCCAAACUGGAGGGCGCGGUGCGCUCGCUGUGGCGCGCGCGGCGCCAGCUGGCCAUCGACAAGUGCGGCGAGCUGGCGCGCCUCGUCGACAACUGGGACGCGCGCGACGUGCCGCACUGCUGCAACGAGUUCAUCCGCGAGGAUUCGCUUUCGAAAAUCGGUCCAGGCAAGCGGAUAGCGGAGCGACGGGCGUUCCUCUUCGACGGCCUACUACUUCUCUGUAAGCCCGUUACUAGUCUGGUAACUGUUAAUAGUGGUGUGACGUCGGGUGGUUUGCAGCAGUUGAAGUUGAAAGAAAAAUUACACAUACGGAAGUUGAAGAUUGUCGAUCGUGCUGAUGGGGAAGAGGGCCGCAACCUCAUCGAGCUGUGCCCACGCGUGGGCCCGCCCGUGCUGCUGGCCGCCGCCUCGAGUGCAGACAAGCGCAGCUGGAUGGCGGACCUUGUGCUACUCAACACCAAGCCCAUGCUGGACCGCAGUCUUGACAGCAUCCUGCUGGACCUGGAGCGGCGCCACCCGCUGCAGCUUCCGCCGGCGUCGCUGUACCGGUUCGCGGAGCCCGACUGCACCGACAACAUCGUGCUGGAGGAGCGCCCCGGGAACGCGCCCCUCAUCAAGGGCGCGACUCUGCUGAAGCUAGUGGAGCGGCUCACCUACCACGUGCACGCGGAUCUGAACCUCGUGCGCACCUUCCUCACCACCUACCGCUCCUUCUGCUCGCCCGCGGAGCUGCUGGACCUGCUCAUCGAGCGCUUCGACAUCCCCGAGCCGCACCUCGUGUACGACGCGCCGCGACCCGCCCCUCGGAUCAAGACUCCGAAGAAGGAUAUCAGUCCGAACGCUUCGUUGCUGGAUUUAGACCUCGACAUAGCGGAGUGCGUGGAGAUGUCCGCGAGCAGCGACGCGGAGAAGUUGAGCAAGAACACGGCCAGAGAGGACUGGAAGAGGUACCGGAAGGAGUUCCAGCAGCCCGUCAAGUUCCGUGUAAUAAACGUCCUUCGUCACUGGGUGGAUCAACACUUUUACGACUUCGAAAGAGAACCGGCGCUGCUGGAGAAACUGAUCGCGUUUUUGGAGUCCGUUGACGGGAAACCGAUGAAGAAGUGGGUCCAGAGCGUGCUCAAAACCGUUCAGAGAAAGUGCGCACAGAGCGGCCAGGGCGAGGCGGAGUUCGGCGGCGGGGCGGCCCUGCCGGGCGCGGUCGCGUCGUGCGGGGGCCCGGGCCCGGGGGGCGUGUCGCACGUGUUCGACCGCUCGCCCCCCGCGCCGCUGCGCCACGUGGACGACCCCGAGCGGUACAACUGGCACCCCCUCGCGCUGCACCCGCUCGAGCUGGCCCGCCAGCUGACUCUGCUGGAGUUCCAGCUCUACCGGCAGGUAAAACCCUCGGAGCUGGUUGGCGCCGUGUGGACUAAAAAAGACAAGGAGAAAACCAGCCCAAACUUGCUGAGGAUCAUCAAGCAUACUACUAACUUCACGCGCUGGAUGGAAAAGUGGGUGGUGGAGAGCGAGAACCUGGAGGAGCGCGCGGCGGUGCUGGCCCGGCUGCUGGAGCUGGCGCUGGCGCUGCGCGACCUGAACAACUUCAACGGCGUGCUGGGCGUCGUGGCGGCGUGCGGCUCGGCGUCCGUGCACCGCCUGCGCGCCACCUUCGCGCUGCUGCCGCCGCGCCUGGCUCGCGCGCUGCACCAGCUGCGCGACCUCAACUCCGACCACUUCCGCCGCUACCAAGAACGCCUGCGCAGCAUCAACCCGCCCUGCGUGCCCUUCCUCGGCAUGUACCUCACCAACAUCCUGCACAUCGAGGAGGGGAACCUCGACUACCUGCCGAACUCCGAACUGAUCAACUUCUCGAAGCGUCGCAAGGUGGCGGAGAUCACAGGAGAGAUCCAGCAGUAUCAGAACCAGCCCUACUGUCUCACGGUCGAGCCACGGACGAGGGCGUUUCUGGACUCCCUGGAGCCGUUCCCUGGCAUGGACGACAAAGAGGUCACCGACUAUCUCUACGCGAAAAGCCUCGAGAUAGAACCUCGGUUGCCUCUCAAGCAAAUGCCGAAAUUCCCCCGACGAUAUCCCGACCUCUCACUGAAGCCUGUGAAGGUGAAAGUCUCCGAUGACAACACCAAUGUAGCUCAGCUGUCUCCGACGAGUACGUGGGACGGUAUCUCCGUGGUGUCACUGCCUGUACACGAUCAUGGGUCCCGGGAAGACCGAGGCUCGCUGACGUCGCCGCGCCUGGAGCGCUCGUGCUCCAGCUCGCUCGCCCAGCUCGGACAGCUCAGCCUCUUCGACAAGGGGCUGGCGCUCUUCGACAAGAGCAAGUCCGUCGCCACGCUCAACAGGAACAGCGGGUCGGCGCGGGACGAGCCGCCGUCUCCGCGGGACAGCCACUCUCCCAGCAAGUGGAGUUCCAGCAGCACGUGUUCCAGUAGCGCGCGCCGCGCCGCGCUGUCCCCGCGAGGAGCCAUCGUGGACGCGGAGCUGUUCUACUCGCGCAGCAUGGACCACCUCGCGUGCCGCAAGCAGGACGCGCCGCCGCCGCAGGAGCGCGUGCCCCCCUUACUGCCGCGCGCGUGUGGGGGCCCCGAAUCCCGCGACGAGGCCCCGCCCGUGGUGCCGAGGAGGCCAUCGUCGCCUCACGCGGCGUGCGAACCCCCACCCGAGCCCCCGGACCGCCCACUGCCGAGUCCGAAGCACCAUGAACUGUUCCGAAGUCCAGCCAUGUCUCCGAAGCGAUCACCUGCGCCUGCCCCUCCGAUCAGUCCGCUGCUACUAGACAGAGGUGCCUUUAGUUUUCCUUCAGCGACUUCGCCGUCAGCGCACCACAAUUCGGAGGGCGCGGCCCCCCCGCCGCUGCCGCCGCGCCGGCGCCGGGACUCCGCCGCGCCGCACACGCCGCACCUCUCGUCGUGGAACGAGUGCGUGGCGGGCGGGUCCCCCUCGGGCUCGUCCCCCGCGGCGCCGGGCCCCCCCGCGGCGGGCGGCGGGCCCCCCCCGCUGCCGCCGCGGCCCCCGCCCCCGCCCGAGCUGCUGCGGCCGGCGCACUCCGCGCUGCUGCAGCGACGGCACACCGCCGCAUUAGCUCCAAAACUACCACCUAAACCAGCCGCGGCAGCGGUCGCGCCGCGAACGUAACCACCACCGCACUACCGCCAGAGCCCACCCGACGACCUGCAGCCGUCACGGCGGACGCGGCUCUAACCUGCCCCACCCCGCCGCGGCACACGAGCGUGACCGGCGCACCAAUAGAUAGAUAAUAGUUACAAAUUAAACUAAUUCAGAUAGAACUGACGUCGUCAUAUCGUCCUGGCAAAUAAAUAAACAAAAAUUAUAAAAAUCUAUAAAAUUAAGUAACAUACCGUACUGUGAUAGAUUAAAAAAGUUAUUUUUAUUCCAUUUCACGAUAAACUCCUUCCAAAAUAUUCAAAAGAAAAAGUACACAAGAGAUUUUAUGCUAAUUAAAAUUGAUUUUUAAUGUAUCAAAUAUAAUUUAAAAGUUAAAUAAUUAAUUACAAUAAUUAUAAAACUCAUCCAAUAUUAUAUAAAAAAAGCAUUUCAUUGGCAUAUUAAUAUAUUACUUAAAAACAAUUCAAUUCAGCCAAUUCAUUGAUUGUGUUUGUUGCGGGUGAUUAAAACAAUGCUCUGUCUCCUUCUAUCGAAUGUCAAAUCAAUGAUGUCAGAAAGAGAGAGAUCAAUGUUUAACUAAUCAGCUAACUAAAAAACGUAUGGAAAAUGAUAAUAUUGCUAAAAAAAUUCAGAAACCAUUCAAGCGACAAACAUAUCGUUUUAUAAAAUAUAACUAGAUAAACACUCAAUUCGCAAAUGUUUUACGUGCAGUAUGGUUAUUCUGUAAGAAGAAAUUGGUAAUUCACAGCAGAAAACGGUCGUGAUAUGUCAGAAAGGGACAUCAAUAUUGUAUGUCAACAUUUCACGGGUGAGGGAAGUGCGUUCUUACAGAAUAGCAAUGCUGCAUGCUAAUGUUUAUAUUUUCUAAUAUAUGCGAUAUAAUUAUUAUAUCGAUUGUUUAUCAAAUUAUAUUUUAUGUAACGAUAAAUUGGCCGGUAAUUAGUUGGCAAAUUAUUAAUAGUCUGUGGACUGAAAAAGAUUAUGAAAAAAAUGGCAUUUCGCAGAGCGUUCGUGAACUGUAUUUGUCCAGUCGUUAUAUACAUUAGAAUUAUAUAUACAAAACAUAUGUUAAGGCAUAUGCCAUUCUGAUAAUGUCAAAAGUACGUUUGAAGCGCGGUUACAAUAUUCGUUUAGUAAAUUAAUUCCAAUUGACGUUUAUCUGUUGUUCGUAGCUUUUGAUUUACGCCUCGUAGAUGUACCAUCCGUAAUCAAAACUAAUCGUUUUGAAUAUUAACUUUUAUGACGUUGUUUGUUUGUGUACAUUAGAAUGUUCUAUCGACGUAUUGAUUCAAAUAGUUAAAUAACACGAAUGCUCUCAUAAAUAGCCUCCAUUUUCUUUCGUAGAGAAUUACAUGCAAUACUUGAUUUUAAUUUGACAAAACAUUACAUGCGCGUUUGUUAACAAAAUAAAAGCGUAUAAAAAAGUAGCGUUAUAAAAAAAAAUCUAUCACUUCAAAAGGUCUUAUAAAUAUAAAUGUAAUAAAAAAGAGCUUGAAGUGGUAAGUGACACGUCACAUUAAUCCAACAAAGAAUUAAGUAAAAAAAAGAAAACGUUAUUCGUAAAAUAUUUAUUUUGCUAACCGUACUUUUCGAGUUCCAAAUGACGUCAUUGACGGUCAUAUAUAUAUUGGAUAGCCAUGAUGCAGUUACCUCAAGUUCAUCUCUCCGAAAAAAAGACACUAAAUUACAUUUAAAUGAACAGAUGAUUUGUUUUUCAUAUCUUACAUUACACAUUGGUUUGAAGUUAACACGUAACUACAAAUGCCAUUUCUCCCAAACAAAAAAUUGCUACAUAGAUUUAAUCGGCAAGAGCUAUAUAACAUCUAUAAUUAAUAUCGAAAACUAAAUCCUUAAAAGCAAAAUACUACUGUGUCAUUGUUCAAAAAAAAAAUCGCGUGCACGUGAUACAGUGAAACGUUUUCGCGCCAGAAGCGUUUCUCUAACGACCUUGUCUGUCCCUUAUCGCGCCCGAAGAUUUUUCUUUAUAAUUAUUUGGCAUCUCCUAACAAAAUGUCCUGUGCAGUGCCAAUAAAUAGUAUAAAUAAAUUUAGAUUACAAAAUAUUAUUAUUAUAAAUAAUGAUAACAAAACAAUUUUACGAUAUAAUAAAAAUUGAAGAAAUACCCAUGCUCAUUAAGCAUUUAUUGUAAAUAAAUAUGUUAUGUAAAGAGAUAUAAUAUAAGUAUAUAAGAGCGAGCGGUUUGUAAAUUAUAUAUAUUAAAGUUGACUAUGCAGAUUUUAAUGUAAAUGUAACGUUUUUAUAGAUGAUCCUUAAGAGAAUUCUAGGAAUGGAUUUAUAAUAGUGACAUGCUGACGUUACCUGAUACUUAAAAAUCUAUAAUUGAUUAUAUAUAUCCAUAUAUUUAAAAUGUUUUAUAUACAAAUGUUCUAAAUUCCGACAGCCCGCUCCGUUUUAAUUAUAUAUGUAUAUGUUUAGAUUAAAAUAUUUUAGAAUCUUCAAAUACUCGAUUUUAAUAUACAACGUGUAUAUAUUUUUUGUAUUUAGCGAUUAAAUUAAUUUGAACGAUGAUGACGUAGAACGUACUUGCGGUUUUUAAACAUGAAAAUGUCGUAAUUUGAUUUGCUUAACGAGAUUUGUUCAUUCAGUUUCUGUUAAUAAAUUAAACACCUAUGUAUUAAAUUGUGUGGUCUGUACAGUUUCAGCAGGAAAGUUAAUAAACACUAUAAAAAAAGUCAAUCAUGAUAAAUACGGUACGGUUAGGAAAUAAACAUAAGUUUUUUUUGCUAACCGUACCGUAUAAUUAUUAUCGUUAUGGUAACUGUACUUUUCAUAUUUAACAUAUUUUAAAAAUGGAACCGCAUCUCGUUCUACCUAUCUUAUUGCUGUCGAAUGUACAAAGUAUCUUCCAUUGGUAUUUUUUUGUUGUUUUUUUUUUUUAUUUUAAGAUCGUCAAUGGCCCAAGAUACCUGCAACUUUACCGUAUGUCACGGCGUUUAUUGUUAUUAUCACUUUUUAUAUACGUAGCCCAUAUAAAUAUCGCAAUUAGAUAUCGUAUAUAAAUAUAGCCAUAAAGGUCGUGCCACACUAACGGAGUAUCGCACAAAGCGUAUGAUAAGUUAAAAUAUAUUGUAGUUAUAUGUAUAAUGGAUCUUUUAACCUAACAUUACUUCCGUCAUGUCACGUUAACUGCAGCGGCUUAUGUAGUAUAUAAUAGUCUCGGUGUUAUGUGAUCCUUAUGUUACCGGAUAGUAUUCUAAGGCUUUUUUUUUUAAUAAAUCUAGAUAAAUUCAAAACGAUAUGUCAUGUGAACGGAGCAUAUUGUUUUUAAUAUAAUGGUCCAAUUUUAAUUAAAAUAUAAACAUAAGAUUGUAAGCUGUAAUUUCAUGAGCGUUUAUAUUGAAUAUCAGUUUCAUUCGGUUUGAAAUUUAUCUAGAUAUAUUAUAGUUGUUAAACAAACCCCCCCCCCCCCCACUAUCUCGUAAACAGCCUGAGAACUCAUAUGAGGUCGCAAAACAAUACCGAGACAUAAUCCAGUACAAAAAAAAACUAAUGUUGCCUUACACGAUAAUUUCAUGGAAAGCAAUACGUCUGUUUCGUACUGUUUUCACGCUUGAUGUCUGUUCGUUUAAAUUUUAUUUGUACAAUAAUUACUUAUCGAUGCUAGAAGUUACAUCACAAGACACAAAUCUGAAAAGAAGUAGCGAAUGAUACUCAGUGAGCUUUAUCUUUCGUUCCUGUCUUCUUGAACGAUCCGAUUCGUUAAUGUUUUUUUUUUUUAUAUCAAAAUCGUUAUUUCAUUGAACUUGUAUUAUUUCAACUAUAAAGUUUUAUUAUUCGUUUUAUGAAAUAGCAUCAUUUUUAGUAUGUAUAUUGAGUUUUCCUGUAGAGAGAUUCGUAGUGACACAGGAGUUUGAUAGUUGCCAGUGUUCACACAGCCGUGCCUCGGUGUACACGUGAAGUCCAUUCCUGCGCUAGAACUCCUAACACCUGUGUCAGAUUGCCGUCCCAUCGUGAGAGUCGGGGAAUGCAGCAACCCAGCAGUCUGUGCUUGCGCACACAGAUGAGAACUUUAGCGUCUCUUGCGCGGGUGACUUUGAGAUUAAUAAUUUUAGUAUAAUACACAUCAAGUGUGAACAUUGCAGUAGUCGGAGACGAUACAUACAAAAAUAAGUCGAUCGGUUAGUGCUAUAGCGAAAUUAUAUUAUUUUAUGAUACAUUUAAUAUAUUUACAUAUAAUAACAAAACAUAUACAUGUAAUAAAAGUCUAUACCAGAUGUCCAACGCGUUGGCACUAACAAACCGACUUAUUAAUAUUAGAUAAAUUUAACAGCAGCAACGUUAAUAGGUUUUUUUUUUAAUAAUUUAUUAUCUGUGAUUUAAAAAAAAAAAAUUACGUCUUCCUGAAAUAUUUUUGAGGUUUUCUCGUAACAAUAUUAAAAAAAGCUAAAAUGGACACACCGUGCAAUUAAUUAUAUGUAAAUAAUUUAAUUGUUCGUCAUUACAAGCGAUAUAUCCGUUGAAUGUUAUAUUUAAGGCGUUUGAAUUUGUUUUUCAUUGUACAGUUGACAUUUUUUAUAGAGCCCCGAUGGCUCAGUGGUUAGAUACGAGGAUAUUAACUACUAGUCACUGAAUAUUUACGUGCUUAAAAAAGUUACCAUCCUGUAUCCACCACGAUUUGAGUAGCGUGCUGGAAGGAGCCCUUAGCCCAGCCGUGGGAUAAUUACUUGCUGUUACUUUAUACAGACGACAAACAUCAACAAUGAUGUUUUAAUAUUUAUAUGUAUGUUUUUAUGUAAUGUCAUCUUAUAUAGAAAUACACGUACCAACAUCCGUAUCUACAUGAGAUUACGACGGCCAUUUUUUUUUAAUUACAGGUAUCUGUCGAUAAAAAAAAGAAAUGAAAUGACUCAAAAAUUCAUAUGAAUUAAGAGAACCGAGUUCGCUUAUCAAUAUUAAUGAACUGCCAAUAUCGAAUCACAGAUAAUAUUAUUAUUUUCGAUUUUAUAACGUAUAAACACAGCGGAUACAGAUUAUGUCACAGUAUACCAGUAUCGUUGCCAGUGACUGGAAUAAUGAAAUAAAUUUAUGUAAAAAUGUAUACAUAUGUACGAUCGACAUGUAGAUGCCGAGUAUAUGUAUUUGUAAGGUUUAUUCACAAAUAUAUAUAUUGAUGUUGAAUUUUGUGAGAUGAAAUUUAAAUUUUGUAGUUACGAUGAUUAUGAAUUUAUUUAUAAUUCAGUAGAUGAUAAUGAUUACGUGGAACGUGUAAAUAUAUCGAUUGAUAUUAUUUCUUAUAUAUAAUACAAGCUGAUGUAAUCUAUGUAUAUAAAAUAAUAAAUGUCUGACUGCCUGAUUUAUAUGUUAGCGCUCAGGCCAAACUAUAAUAUCAUGAAAAUUUGCAUACGGGUUCCUUUUACACGGUUGGCUAUCACUGGGGAAGGAUAUUUGAUAAUGUAACCCCUGAGGUGAUAGAUGGUGAGUUUGUAUGCAAAUCCUUCAUUUUUGAAGAAAUAGCUUUGGAAAUUGAUAAUUAGCGAUUGUGAAUUAUAAAGCGUUCUUUUUUUUAAAUCGUUCUCGUAAAUUCUGUGUUUAAUGCGUUCAAAUAAAUACUUCAGCUUGAUUAGUAUAUACAUAUAAAAAGCCUAAAUCUUUAUUAAGUUGGUUUCUGAUUAAGGAUUUGAGAUGUCCUUAAUAUACAAGAGUUCUACCCACUCUUGAGACAAACUCCAAGCCCUUAGAGCUUCUCGAUUAAAUAAGUUUUUCUUUUGCCAAUCUCAUUCUCAUUUCUCUUUUGAAAUGCGAUAUGUGGGCGUGGCCUAAUCAACAAGGUCAUUGUAAAGUGUUUUUUUAAUAGUUGCAUUAAAAUGAUAUCAUUCAUCGCCAUAUUGGAUUCAAAAUGACGUCAUGCACAGACACUAAAUUUCUUCCACAUGAGGUAAGCAAAGGUUACAAUACGAUAUGAUCAGUUUUUACCAUAAUUGUUUCUUACUAAUUUGUAAAGUAUAAUUUAUAAGGAAAUAUAUCAGCCGAUUGUAAAUAAUCAUUAUGCGUUCUCUGUCGAGGAAUAUUUUGCGUGAAAUGUACAGGGUGUCUGCCAUAUUGUAAUAUGUUGGAAAAAGUGCGAGGGAAACAGAACGAUUGUUAUAUAGCUAUCUCGCUCAGACACGUGUUACGUCACGUGUAUGGUGUCUAUACAGUACAGACGACCGCGCUUGUUAUUUUAAGUAGGUAUCGAUAUAUUUGUAUAAUAAUGUAGUUUCGCUUAGGCUGUAUGUGGACCGUGGCCGUCUGUGCGCGUCUUUGUAAAUAAAAAAAAAGCUUGGCUAGGUGAUUCCCCGAGUCGCAUUUCUUAAUGUUACAAUAUGUAUAGUAUAUGGCUUGAAACUCGAGGCUGCCUGACGCAUUCGUGACAAUCGAGGGAGAUUCAGAUAUAUGUGAGAGAGAGACAGAUAAUACUCGGUCUUACACGAAGUUUCGUCUCUAAAAAUUAUGUUUUAGAACAUUGCAUUAAAGCGCUUUAGAUAACUUUAAAGUUAUUAGAAACAAUGUACCAUAGGCUACACUCGUUUUUUUACUUCAAUGCAAUUCGAUUUAAGUUUUUUUUUUAUUAUGGAUUUUUUUGAUUUGCCCUUAUCUUGUAUAGUCUAUGGUUUUGUUUCUUAAAUCAUUAGUUAAGAUGUGACCAUGUAAAUUAUAUAAUACUUGUAUAUAUAGCAUCGAGCGCGAUGUAGAAACAUUAUAUACACAGU